UUGACAGUUGGCAAGCUGAAAAUUGAAGUGUGAAUACCAUGAGAAGUUUCUCAAUACCGCAACAUGAACAAAAUCAACAGACAUACGAGAGGUCCAUCUAUCACCAGGUGCAGUCCCUGCAGCAGCAGCAGCAGCAGCAGCAGUCGGUGGAGAAUGCGACGGUUUCGUACGGCGAGCCGCUGUCCGUGAAUGGCGUGCCGGCCACGGGUAUUUAUCACAACGGCACCUGGUACAAUGCGGUGCCCCAAUAUGGCACAUACCAGCCCGCCGAUGGCCAAGCGCCGCUGCAGCUGGUGCUCCAGCAAGCAGCCAGCCAGAAUGUGCCGCAAUACGAGCCGCAAACCUACUGCUAUCAGCCGCUGCAAGUGCAGGAGGGUCAGCCCUUGGGCUAUGCGACCGCCUAUCGGCCGUUGGAGCCGCAAUCGUCGAACAAUCCACAGGCCUACGUCUAUCAGCAGCAUUCCGUCCAACAGUCCCAGUCACAGUCCCAGCAGCAGCAGCAGCAGCAGGUGGUGCAGCUGGCGCCCACCUAUUAUUAUCAGCCCGUGCAAAUGGUCGCGGGGCCAUCAACUGGCCAGCCAUACGUGGCAGCAUCGGCCAGUCUGUCGCAACUUAUCGCGGCUCCGGCAAAUUCACAGCAGCAAUAUGUGACAGCAGGCUCAAAUGUACAGCAAUUGAUCGCAGCUGCACCACCGAAUGCACAGCAAAUGCUGCCAGCUCCAGCUCCAACAGCACCACCACCAAGCCAGCUGAUGGAGCAGCCACAGCAGCACCUUAGCUCCCCCCAGUCGUACAACUAUGAGGUGUAUAACUAUCAGGAUGCACCACCGCCAGUUGGGCUGCUGCCCACGCCCGAUAUGCUGCCACAGACAGACGAGGCAUUUGGCUAUCAAUGCUAUAAUUAUUCGCAGCCACAGUCGCCACGAAGUCCACCAGCCAUGCCAUCGUUCGAUGCACCACCACCCAUGCCGUCAUACGAUGCACCACCACCCAUGCCGCUGGGCCCAUCAACGGAUUACAUUGAGCCCGAAACUGUUGAGGUGGACAUAUCGAUGGCCAGCGAUGUGUUCAUAGCCAGGACACCCGACAAGCUGGUAGUCAGCCUAUAUAAGCUGCGCGGCAGACGCAAGCCAGUCCCAGGCACCCAGAAUGUAUAUAUAAAUGGACGAGUACCUGACUGUACCAUGUCGCAGUCCAAGUCGGAUGUCAGUCCAGAUCAGGCCACAUAUCAGAAUGGCUGUCAUGAGCAGGACUUGGCUGUUGCAGCGCAAUUGGAGGCGACCCCAGAUGCUCCCCCAGCCAUGGAAGUUGCUCAGUGCUAUAUGGAACCAGCAGAGCAUGUGUUAUAUGCCCAGGAGGUGCCCGAGCGCAUGGAAAGCCCCCCGAAUGCAGCGGAUCAAAUGGCGCCCGGCUUUCAGGCCUUCAAUGUGAUUGAUCCCUCCAAUUUAUUAGAAUGUUCGGCGCUCGCUGCGUCCAGGCCCAUGAUGGACCAAAAUCCGCUGAUUUUGUGCAAUGCCGAUAUGGAAAAAAAGUUCAAUCAGAGUCCCAAAAGGGAGGCGACACCCAAGCCAAAGGAUGUCGACAAAAAAAUGGAUGUCGUUGAGCAGUUUCGUGCGCCGCGUCGUGUCAUACAGCCCCCAGUCAAUCUAAUCAGCACACAGCAGCUGGGUCUGAUCAGGACCUGCAAGUCGGAGCUGGUAAAAAAUGAAACUAAAUAUCUGAGGAAUAACUAUAUGUCCGAUGUGGGGCGUGCGGCAAAGCAGGCCAACAAGCCGCAGCGGCAGCCCGAAAUGAUUGUCAAGGAAAUCCUAAAGCCGCCGCCCAAGCUAAGUACACAGGAGAAAAACGAGAAGCUCCUGCCGGAACUAUUGAGUAUCAGUUCAAGCAAAUCGUUUCAAGCGAAUGCCGAGAGUGCUGAGCAUAUAAAUGACACAUUCAAGAUCGACUCAGAGUCAACGGCUGAGAGCUUUGCGGUAGAGCCUGGCGAAAUUACCGACAAAUUAAUAUCGCAGGUAUUCGCUGGGCAUAUUGUGGCGCAGCUUUGCCAAACGGCCAGCAAAUUCGCAGCACCGCAAUCAACUGACCAGGCCAAUUCAAAUGGCACGCUGUCAAUUUUUAAGAUGCCACCUCAAGACAGCCCAACCACAAUCCAAUCAAACUCCCACGAGAACUCGAGCCCCACACAAUCAAUUUUCAAGCUGCCAGCCCAAGUUAGCUCAAGCACAACACAAUCCAGUCAGGUCAACUCAAACGCAACCCAAUCAAAUUUAGAGCUGCACUCACCGGAAAUACCAGAAGCAGCUGCUCCCAACACAACUCAAUUGGCAAGCCCAACACCCGCUGAAGACACCGCAAAGGAAACUUGGACCCAAGCAACUGCCAUGCAGGCAGCUCAAGAGAUCCCAAAGGCAGUCUUAAAAAUAUCACAGGAAAGUUCCAAAGUGGUCUCAAAAGCCGUCAAGUCCAUUCCGCAGAUAUCCAAGAAGAAAGCCAAGCUCUUGGCUCGGAAAAACCAAAAGCCAUUUCAGCCUCAGUCCCAACACCAAACACCAACAAAAUCUAUGCUUCAAGUUGGAGCCAAGCCAACUCCAAAGCUAUCCCAGACAAAUUAUAAAACAACACCUGAAUUUAAUCCAAAGGCAACUCAAGACAAUCAGAAAACAACUCUGACAAAUUUCAAAAUGUCAGCUGAAGCGGCGCCAAGGUCUUCUCAAGCAACUUCAAAGAUAUCAGCUCAAGGAGCUCAAAAGACAUCCCAACCAAGCUCUAAAGUAUUAGCUGAAGCGAGCUCCAAGCUAGCUCCAGUAGCUUUCAAGCUACCAGCUGAAGAAAAUCAAAAAACAACAGAGACAAACUGUAAAUCAUCAGCGGAAGAAGCUCCGAUGCCAGCUCAAGUACAUUCCACGAUAUCGACUCAAGGAACGCAAAAGGCAUCCCAGGCUAACUCUAAAUUCUCAGCUGAAGUGAGCCCCUGGUCAACUCAGGAAGCUGCCAAGCUACCAACUCAAGAAGGCUUCAAGCUACCAGCCCAAGUAGCUUCCAAGCUAAGAACUGAAGAAACAGCUAAGGUCGUCCAAAUACCUACUCAACUGCUGACUCAAGACAAUCCGAAGACGAUCUCAAAGGCAACUCAGGAAAACAUAGAAACUUUACAGACAUCUCCGCCAAAUUCCAAAUUAUCACCCGAGCUGAUCCCAAAGGCAACUGAAGCAGCUUUCGACCUACAAACUCUAGUUUCCAGGCUGCCAGCGCAGGAAUAUCAAAAGACAUUCAAGCCAAGUUCUCAAUUGUCACCUGAAUUAAUUCCGACUCAAGAUAACCAGAAGAUAUUCCAGCCAAGUUCUAAGUUAACACCUGAUGUAACACUAAGGACAUCUCAGGUAGCUUCCAGGCUAUUUACUUCAGAGAAUCGGAAGCUAACUGUUUCAAAGGUCUCCCCUGAAGUAAGUCCAAGGACUUCCCAUUUAAAUACAAAAUGUUCACUGGAAGUAAGCCCAAAGGCAUCGGAGGUGGCCUUUAAGGUGCCAGCACAAGUUAAAUCGAAACUUUUGUCUCAAGGAAAUCCAAAAUUAUUUCAACCGAUUUCCCAGCUAUCAUCCCAGAAUAAUGGCAAAGUUAUAUGGCCGCCAACUCAGUCAGCUCUUUCGAACAGAUUUGAAAAAGAUGCUUCAGAACUAACACGCUCAACUACCCAGAUCUUUUCCCAGAACAAAUCCCAACUAGUCGACGCGACACUAAAGUGUAUUCCCCUAAGGGGAGCUAGUAGUAUUAUACUAGCGCCAUCUAAAACAAUCAAAUCUUUGUCUGCCAAGUGGACCAUGCCCGAAAAAGCUGUCGAUGCUGAGUCCAAUUCAACUCAAGUAGCUGCCAAGCCAAGUCCUGAGUUUAAAAUCGUGUCGGAGGUAGCUCAACCCAAGCUAAAACUAACUUCUGUCGACAAAUCGGAGACUAGAACAAUUAAAGCCAUGCAGAAGCCUACUCCUGAGGAUAAGUCCGAAGCGGAGAUAAAACAAGCCAAGCAUUCGACAAAUCUUGGGUUACCAAACCAAUUUAAGGCAGCUUCAGAAGGUGCUAAGCUGGUACCAAUGGGAAAUCAGACGGUAGAGCUGAAGAGAAACCAGAUAAAGUGGGCGUCAGAAGGUCCUGCGUCGGUAGAGCUCAUGGCAAACCAGAUGAAGGUAGCUUCAGUAGUUUCAGAACCGGUAGAACUCGAUUUAAAAUUAGUUCCAGAGGAUGCUGAUUCAAAAGUACCAGAGACGAAGCAGAUAAAGUUUGCUUUAGAAGGUGUGAAACCCGUAAAGUUCGAAAAAAAUCAAGCAACAGAGGGUGUAGAACUUAUAGAGUCUCAGGAACACCAAAUAGCGGAUUAUAAAAAAAUUGAGGAACCUGUAGAGCCCGAGGAAAAUCAAUUAAAGUCAACUGCAGAAGAUGUGUAUCCGGUAGAGCACGAGGAAGCCCAAGUAGAGAUAGCUUCAGAAGGGGCGAGGCUGGUAGAGCCCGAGGUAAACCAAUAUGCUGAGUCAGUAGAGAUAAAUGUCCAUGAAUAUGUUUUGGGUAAUCCAGAGCAUUCUAAUUUAAAUCAAGAAAACCCGAAAAGCGGGUCCAAACAACAAUAUUUAGCACACCCUACACCAGCCGUACCGGAAACAAAUCAAACGACCAGCUUGGAGCAAGCUGGGAAGCCAUCGACGAAGGCAAAACCUCGUAAGAUAGAUGAUCUGAUGCUAAACGUUAUAAGCGCGGAGGAACCGAUCCAACCUUUUGGUGUGCAGCAGCAGCAGACUAUUUCAAAGAAAAAGCCUGCCAAAUUGAGCAAACUGGAGCGCAAGGCCCUUCGACGGGAGGCAAAUAAGGCGCAGAAUGAGCUGCAGGCUGCCCAAAAGGCAGAAGAGAAGGCAAAGGCAGGGGCUGAGAUAAUUCCGAACGAUGAAACCGUUAGAGAGCCCAAGAGAAAGAAGAAGAAGAAAAAUAUAAAUUCAGAUACCGAAGAAGUUCAGGAGGAUGAUAGGAACGAAGACUCCGGUUCCGAGCCGGAAAUCGAGUGCCCAGCGCUGAAGGAGGUUUGUGAUCCAAUUUUGCGUCGUAAACUUAUGACAAUCAUUCAUAAAAUUGUUAAUCUGUGAAUUAGAACAAGAGUU